GUCUGGUAUCAAAUUCAGUCUCCACUUGCUUUGGUAGACAAUGCAAGGGUUUGAAAGGCCUUUCUCAUCAUAUCAUCAUGCCCUUCAAAUUCAUUCGGUUCUUCGCAAAAUCCGGAGCUCCUCGGAACGACCCACCUGGGCCACCACACGAAGAUGAUAUCAGGACCAAUCUCACUAUUGUACAUACCUCACCGGAGCCAGAGAUUGACCUUGUCGCCGUGCAUGGAUGGAAGGGUCACCCGCAAGACUCCUGGACAAGUGCGUCUGGCGUCAAUUGGCUGAGGGACGUGCUUCCUCGAGACAUGCCAAAUAUCAAUGUAUAUUCCUGGGGAUAUAGCUUCCCGGACUCGAGCUGUGCUGGCAGAGAACCGUCGACGCAUGUACUAUCACAGAAACUCGUCAGUGACCUGUGGCAACACAGAGAGGACUCAAAGACUCAUGAACGUCCACUCAUAUUCAUUGCACAUAGCGCAGGAGGCUCGAUUGUGAAGAGUGCAUUGCUCUACUCCGGCUCCCACCCCGAUGAAAGAUUUCAUGAAGUUAAGAGGUCCACAUGCGGAGUCCUCUAUAUGGGUACCCCAGAGAUGGAUGCCAGACUCGAGGGCUUGGAGAGCUACUUGGCCAAUAGUGGCGGGGCUCAUGCGGCGGAUGAUGCUUACUUCAAGGAGGCAUCUUGGUUACUUCUUACCUUGCGACAGUAUGAAGGAAUCAGGCAGGACUUUCGAACAGUCUAUGGCCACGAGCAAGGGCCAGAUUCUGUACGAACGCAUAUCGAGGGGACACAGACUGCUAGACAUCUAUAUCUCAACACAACGCAUGACGAGAUGAACAAGUUUGACUCCGCUUUUGAUUCUCGGUACGAGCAGGUCAGAGAUGGUUUUGUAUGGAUUGCACAGGGUAUUCGAAAGCAUGACUUGCCUUCUUGAAGAUAGUUGAGGUAGCGACUUGUAUCGAGGUCUAGCAGGACGGGUAUCGCUCGAGUAGAACUCGCAGUUGUGAUGGGUGUCGAGUGAUGACCACGGUUUCGAGAUACACUUCGCAUGUACUCUGCAGUGGGUGACGGGAUGAAGAUAAAAUCAGAAAUGAAACAGCAAAAAGCUCGCACUGUUGGAGGACAACCUCGAACAGUGCUACGAAAACCCUUCUUAUCCCCGGGUGUUUUC